CAGAGAUUCUCGAUUUAUCCCCGCCCGAUUGUCUCCUCGUCCUGGCUUCUUGCUCCCUUCCUCGUCGUCCUCCUCUCCUUCCCCCAGAGGGCGAUGUCCACGGCGACGACCGCGGCGGAAUCCCGUCCCGUGAUCGUCCUGGUGGACCCCACCUGGAACUUCGAGCUCGAGAACUUCGACGUGGAACGCUUUUUCGAGGAGGCGAAGGUCACCGAGGACAGCGUGGGCGUCCUCCGCGGCCGCUUCGAGCGCUUCUGCUCCACGGGCAGAGG